AGCAAUAUUUAGGGCGAACGUCUGAGUCUGUCUGUCGUUAGUGAUCCAAAGAGUCUGCAUGAUCAUGUUCAAGUCAUCACCGGAAGAACCCCCCGUAACGCUGAAAGCCGUCCUAAGCGGGCAAACCUGCCCGCCUAUUAGUUAUACUGACUUUGCGCAGUAUAUGAAUCGAGAGGGGCAGGGACAAUACAUCGAAUUUUAUGAGGCUGUUCUUGGGUAUGUUCUGCUGUACCGACAGUGGUCGGCCGGACAGAUUGAGCGGGAACACCAGGCUCGAGUGGCGGAGAGAGCAAGGAAGGAAAAGGAGAACAGAGAGGCUAGAGAACGGGAACGGGAGAAGGAGAAAGGGAAGGACACGGAGUGUCUCAGCGAAGAAGGCAGAUUGUGUGCUUUGACGGAAAGUGACGUGGAGAACGCAAGCGGUGAAAAGCCCAGCUCGUCAAAUACGUUGCCAGCGGCUCAAAGUAAUAUCGCUUUGGAGCAAUCAGAUUGGGGUACCUAUAUGAAUGUUAUUCAAGGUCGACGCUCAACUUCAGCUGGAACCGACCAAACCGCCGUCCGUGGUCCGUUCCCUUCAAAGACCGAGAAGAAAGAGAGCAUCAAGCUAGAGAACAUGCCGAUCGACUCCUUACACGAAGCUCUCGACACAAAAGCUCGACUAAUCUUUGACACCUUUUUACGACAAGAUAGCCCCAGUGUUGUUCCUAUCCCAGAGGAACUCCGGACGUUCCUUCAAUCCCACAUUUGCGUACCGCCUCCCACGUACCAGCCCCACUCGCCCUCUCUUCUUCACCCAACCUUCAACCACGUUAUAACGCAACUAUCCCAAACGCACUUUCCAAAAUUCCUUCACCAGGCAACACGUUACAAUCUCUCAUCUGGCGGCAUCGCCCGUCGCAUCCUCCUCUUUUGUACCUCCGCAUUUAUCACUGUCGCAUCCCUGCUCAUUAACAUCUAUUUGAAGCAUUCACCGUAUCUGCGGCUGCUCAUGGCUAUACCGAUCUAUUUUAUGAUUAUUGGCGUCUGGCAGGCAAAAGCUAAAUUUUGUGUCUUGUUUGCAAGACUCGGAAGGAGGGAAGAUGCUGGCGGAGACAUGUUUAGCUGGAUGGCUGAUAAUUUACCCGUCGUCGACCCGGUAGUUCUUCGUAUGCAACGGCGAAGAGCUCGCAAGGUGUCCACACUUACACAAUUGGCAGCCAUUUUAUGCUCGGUAAUCUUGUUGGUGGCUGUACCAUCUCAGAUUCAUCCAGAGUAUCGCUGGGUGUGGAGUCGAUGAUAUGAUACCUAUCCUCAUCCAUGUACAUAGUUCAUGUAUUAAGGACAAUUGAUUUUAUAGAUGGUUUCCUUUUUAAUAGAAGCGUAUUAUAGGUAAGAUGUGAGUAGUAAAAAGGCAAACAUGAACCAAAUCACAUGAG